CUGAUAGGCAGCACUGACUGGCACUGUUAGGUGGCACUGAUAGGCAUUGACAGGCAUCACUGAUGGGCACUGAAAGGCAGCACUGAUACAGGGCACUGAUAGGCGGCACUGAUGCACACUAGUAGGUGGCACUGAUAGGUGGCACUGACUGGCACUGAUGGGUGACACUGAAAGGCAGCUCAGAUGGGCACUGAUGGACACUGACAGCUGGCACUGCUGGGGCUACACUGAUCAUCAGGGCACACUGAUGAUCAGUGCCCUGAUGAUCAGUCCUGACAGCUCGAGAGGAGAGAAAUGCCGAUAACCGGCAU